CGUUCCCCACUCGGCCAGAGGACGCGACGCGCGGAGGAGUUGCAGUGUCGGUCAUUCGUACCCCCCCCUCUCCUGUUGUCACCCCCGUUGUCCUCGUUGUUUUUUUUUGUACACUUUUCUAUUUUUCUUCGAGUUGUUCGUGUUCACGGUUAGCUAAGUUCCCGUCAUGUAUCGGUAUUUCGGGGAGCUGCUGAGCCGCUCCGCGGGCAGCGCUCUGGCCUCGGGGUGCGUGGACUCCGCCCUCCCGGUGUCCUCGUCCCUGAUGCGGGUGCGUCACUAUGCCGACGCCGCGGACAAGCCCGACGACCCCAACUUCUUCAGGAUGGUCGAGGGCUUCUUCGACCGCGGCGCCGCCAUCGUGGAGGACAAGCUGGUGGAGGACCUGCGGACCAGGGAGACCCCCGAGCAGAAGAGGAACCGCGUGCGGGGCAUCCUGCGCAUCAUCAAGCCCUGCAACCACGUCCUGAGCGUGUCUUUCCCCAUCAAGAGGGACAACGGAGAGUGGGAGGUGGUGGAGGGGUACCGCGCCCAGCACAGCCAGCACAGGACACCCUGCAAAGGAGGUAUCCGUUACAGUACAGAGGUGUCUGUGGAUGAGGUGAAAGCCCUGGCUUCUCUGAUGACCUACAAGUGUGCUGUUGUCGAUGUGCCAUUUGGGGGAGCCAAAGCUGGAGUCAAGAUCAACGUCAAGAAUUACUCUGACAAUGAGCUGGAGAAGAUUACAAGGAGAUUCACUAUUGAGCUGGCCAAGAAGGGUUUCAUUGGACCCGGCAUCGACGUCCCUGCCCCAGACAUGAGCACAGGAGAGAGGGAAAUGUCCUGGAUUGCCGACACAUACGCCAACACCAUUGCACACACUGACAUCAACGCCCACGCCUGUGUGACAGGAAAACCCAUCAGCCAGGGAGGAAUCCAUGGACGUAUCUCCGCCACUGGUCGCGGAGUUUUCCAUGGCAUCGAGAACUUCAUUAACGAGGCGUCCUACAUGAGCAUGCUGGGCCUGACCCCUGGCUUCCAGGACAAGACCUUCAUCGUCCAGGGCUUUGGUAAUGUGGGUCUCCACUCUAUGAGGUACCUGCACAGGUUUGGUGCCAAGUGUGUGGGCGUCGGUGAGAUUGACGGAGCCAUCUACAACGCAGACGGCAUCGACCCCAAACAGCUGGAGGACUACAAACUGCAACACGGCACCAUCGUGGGCUUCCCAGGAGCCAAACCCUACGAAGGGAGCAUUUUGGAAGCUGACUGCCACAUCUUGAUCCCUGCUGCGGGAGAAAAGCAGCUCACACGUCUCAAUGCCCCCAAGAUCAAGGCUAAGAUCAUUGCUGAGGGAGCCAAUGGCCCGACCACCCCCGAUGCUGACAAGGUCUUCCUGGAGAACAACGUCAUGGUUAUUCCUGACAUGUACCUGAAUGCUGGUGGUGUGACCGUGUCUUAUUUUGAGUGGCUGAAGAAUCUCAACCACGUCAGCUAUGGAAGACUGACCUUCAAAUAUGAGAGAGACUCAAACUACCACCUGCUCAUGUCGGUCCAGGAGAGUUUGGAGAGGAAGUUUGGCAAGCAGGGAGGACCCAUCCCCGUUGUACCCACUGCUGACUUCCAGGCCAGAGUUGCCGGUGCUUCUGAGAAGGACAUUGUCCACUCCGGGUUGGCCUACACCAUGGAGAGAUCUUCUCGGCAAAUCAUGCGCACGGCGAGCAAGUACAACCUGGGUCUGGACCUGCGGACGGCCGCCUACGUCAACGCCAUCGAAAAGGUCUUCAAAGUCUACAACGAGGCCGGGCUCACCUUCACAUAAAUGGCCAAUCUCGACCCACGCUUCCUCCCCCCCCCCCCCCCCCGCCUGCUACUGAUCUCCCUCUCCUGCCAUCUUCCAUCUAUUACACAGCCUUCAGAACAUAUCGCUGUUUACCGCUGCUCUUUCGCCCUUUGUCGUACACACGUAUACAGCCACACGUUGGCUAGCCUGGUUUUUACGCUGUGAUCUUUUUGCUGCCAUUGUAUUGAAUCUGCAUCUCUGGGCUACAUCCUGAGAGAGGACAAAAGACCCCAUCCGCACCUCAGCCCCCAUAUAAAUGUUAUUGAUAUUGUUCUAUGGCAGCCGUGUUCGAAACGUCCGGGUUUUUUUGUUUGUGAUAGCUGAACGCAUGCGUGACCCUCCUGUUGCGAUGGUUUCAGUUGUCAGCACUACAGAUGCCUUAUUUCAGAAAGAAGUCUGCUCCAAAAUGGAGCAGUUUCACUUCAAUCAAAAGGGAUUUAGAUUUAACUACAUGUGAAUAAGAGAAUAGUCAAUUUAUUACUUUUGAGUUUGUCUUCUUACUCUCUAAAGUCUAACGGUUAGUAGUGAAGUUGCCAAGGCACAGGAUUGCCAACAAUGAGUUGGUGUUUUUCUCCCGUAAGUUUUUGCCUUUCAAGAUUGGAUAGAUGCUCUCCCACUCCUUGUCCCCUUCCUUUUUCUUCUUCCUUUCCUGUUUUCUUGCGCUUAUCUCAAAAGCCGCUUCUUCCCGAUUCCUCCGCUGGCCAACAAAGGGGAGCAGAGAGGGCGCGAGGUUGAGCGCCUGUUCCCUGGUUAAAUAUUUUUUUCAGUUUUAACCGUCCAGUUCCUCAACAUAGAAAACCCUUUUGGAGGAACUUACUUUUUAUUUUUAUUUUAUUCAUUUUGUGGAAACCAAUAAAAUGUUCGGAAAAUGA